GAUCAGUAAAUCGGGGGAUUAUCGGCAGCCCGCUGAGCUCAGACAUGUUCGGGACACGUCCGGUAGACGGUCACGGGUUUAUGAGUCAGCGGAGCUUUGAAUAGGAGCAGUUUCACUUCUGCUGUCAGACCGACGGAGUCCACGGACAGGCAAGAUCCGCUCUGACGCUGCUCCCACUCACCUGGCAGUUUGAUCCAGAUGCAGAAUCAGAAAACCGGUCAGAAGUCAACCGGGUCCAGUUCAGCCCAGAAACUGGUUCUCCCACAGGUCCGGUACCAUCCGUCCAUCCAGAUGGCAUCAGGAGGAGCUCGAGCCAAAACCACCAACAGCACCAGAACCAGUCAGACCCAGAGGACCAGGUCUGGAGCUGCAGGUCCUCUUCAGACCAGAACCAACGCUCAGGUGGUCCAGAAGAACCAAGAUGCUGUGAAACCACGUCCAAGUGGAAGACGGAAACAGAAACCAGCUGCAGAUCCAGAACCUCCUCAGAAAUCAGCUGUAGAUCCAGAACCUCCUCAGAAAUCAGCUGUAGAUCCAGAACCUCCUCAGAGACUAGCUGCAGAUCCAGAACCUCCUCAGAAAUCAGCUGUAGAUCCAGAACCUCCUCAGAAAUCAGCUGUAGAUCCAGAACCUCCUCAGAAAUCAGCUGUAGAUCCAGAACCUCCUCAGAGACUAGCUGCAGAUCCAGAACCUCCUCAGAAAUCAGCUGUAGAUCCAGAACCUCCUCAGAAAUCAGCUGUAGAUCCAGAACCUCCUCAGAGACUAGCUGCAGAUCCAGAACCUCCUCAGAAAUCAGCUGUAGAUCCAGAACCUCCUCAGAAAUCAGCUGUAGAUCCAGAACCUCCUCAGAAAUCAGCUGCAGAUCCAGAACCUCAGGCCUCGGACAGAACCGCCCCCAGCCCGGAGCAGUUUCCUGUGGGGGUGGGAGAACACCUGGACAGGCGUGUGGUGGAGCAGGUGGAGGUUCUGACCCGUGGACAGAGAACCAACCCAGACUGGUUCUCCUGGAGGAAGAACCGCAUCACGGCGUCCGUGGCUCAUCGGAUCGCUAACUGCCGAUUCGUUAACGGGAAGAGUAAAACCCCGCCCGCUUCUUACCUGGCCGCCAUCACAGGCGAGGGGCCGAGAGUCCAGACCAGAGCUAUGAGCUGGGGGAUCGACAUGGAGGCCGAAGUCAUCCGUAGGUACCAGGAGCUGAAGAGUCGUGCGUUGGGUCGUCCCGUCUCCGUCCAGGACUGCGGUCUCUUCAUCGACGCCCAGAGGCCCUGGUUGGCCGCCAGCCCUGACGGCAUCGUGAUUGACAGCUGGACCGGCCAACGGCUGCUCUGCCUGGAGGUGAAGUGUCCCUACAAGCACCGGGACAGACGAGUGGAGGACGCCUGCAGGGACGACCCGGCCUUCUGUCUGGAGGUCCUGGACGAGGACGGACAGAGGCCUGGAGGGCCUCCACGCUACCGUCUCAAGUCCACCCACAGCUACUUCACCCAGAUCCAGGUCCAGCUGUGGGUGUCGGGGCUGCAGGAGGCCGACCUGGUGGUCUUCACCCUGAAGGAGACCGCCGUGGUCCCGGUCCACUUUGACGAGGGGAUCUGGGACCAGACGCUGUCCAGGCUGGCGAUGUUUUACCGGGACGCCGUCCAGCCGCACCUGGAGGCAGCAGCAGCCCAGAGACCGGAGCUGUAGAACCACGGUCCCACCGCAGGAAGCUUCCCCCCGGAACACACAGCUGCUGCACUCAGUUCCCACCUGUGGAGACUCAGGAGAAUUUAUCACUGAUGGUGAAGGUCGUCUACACUACCGUUCAAAAGUUUGGGGUCACUCAGAUAAUUCCAUGUUUUCCAUGAAAACUCACACUUUUAUUCAUGCGCUAACAUUCACUGCACAAGGGUUUUCUUAUCGUCAGUUAGCCACCAUUAGCGGGUGAGUUCCGACUUACUGCGAAAAUCACGUUAUGUCGCGCCGUAGGAACAGAAUUCCGAUGAAAGUCGAGACCCCCAAGUAUCUGUAGAAAUGACACAGACAGAGCAGCAGUUCAUGCUAGCAAUGCCAGCAUCAGUUCUGAGGAUCCCCUUCGACCGUCGGGUAUACAGCAGUUCCUCGGUUUACGACGUCCUUGAGCUACGGUGUUUCGUGGUUAUGUCACCAUCUCCCAUAAAUUUAUUAAGAAAGUCUUACUUACAGCAUUUGUGACGUUAAAACUAAUUUCACAUAGGAACUAGUAGGCAAGCGGAGCGCAUGAAUAUGUCGUCACACGGCGCUAUACGAGGAAGACAGCUUUGUUUACAUUCACCGGUUGUAUGCCACAUACAUCACAGUAUGUGAGUUCCGACUUACAGCAAAAACACAAUGUAGCAUUAGAACACAGGAGUGAUGGUUGCUGGAAAUGUUCCUCUGUACCCCUAUGGAGAUAUUCCAUUAAAAAUCAGCUGUUUCCAGCUAGAAUAGUCAUUUACCACAUUAACAAUGUCUAGACUGGAUUUAUCAUUCAUUUAAUGUUAUCUUCAUUGAAAAAAAACUGCUUUUCUUUCAAAAAUAAGGACAUUUCUAAGUGACCCUAAACUUUUGAAUGGUGGUGUAAAUAUCCACAGACUGACGCAGCGAAAGUUCUGGACUUUAGUUUGGAGAAAUCAGAUGUUUUGUUUUUCUGCUUGUUUUUCAUAAGAUGCCAGCUCAGGUUUCAUUAUUAUCGCUUUGCAGCUCAUUCUGUAACGGAACUCACUAUUAUUCUGUUAUAAGAGAAGAAAACUGGAGAUGAUGCAUGUAUUUAAAAUGCAAAAUCACGUAACUGCACUAAAUCCUCUGCAAAAAACUUGAAUUUAUUGCUGUGGCAGGUUUCAGACUUCCAAUAUUUAAACUAACAUAAUACAUAUCUCACCAGUAAUAGAUGUAAUAUGCUCCAAUAUAUCGUACUUCACACACAGCGUGCCAAAAAUACCAGCACACCUGGUUAGAACGCAUGAGUCAGCAGGUUUAUCUGACCCACAAUCCUUUGCACUGUUACAUCACAGCGUCUAAACGAGCUCAAACCACUAAAAUGCACAAACAGAGACAGAUUUCAUACAUCAGACUGAGAAAGAUAAAGUUUAAGGUUCUUUAUUUAGACUAAUUAGACUCCAGAUGUUCUCAGAUAGCUGAUCUGUGGAGGCAGCUGGAGUUUAAAGCAGAAAUAAAAAGCCAAGGACAAUCUAAGCCAGGAGGAUGGAAAUCAGGAUGUUUAUAUGCACAAAAAAAUAAAAAACUCUUCAAAGUUUAACAUUUUUCAGGAAGAAAGUUAAAGAGUAAGAAUAAAAACUAAAAAAAAAACAAAUCAAGAAUUUAAAAACUGAUCUAAAAUGUGAGAUGAAAAGUUUAAAAACUAAGAUGUAAGUACAAUUUUUGAGCUAAAAAAAUUGUCAAAAUUGUGAGAAAACAUCCGAUAAAAAAGACUUUUUUAAAAAGGAUGUAAGUUUAUAUAUUCAUAUAAACUAAUCUAAAAACUGAGAUGAAAAGUUAAAAAAUAUAAGAACUAAGUUACAUUCUUGAGCUAAAAAAAUAGAAAAAUAUGUCAAAAUUGUAUGAAAAUAUCAAAGUAGAAAAAACAUUAUAAAAUAUAUUUUAAUGACAAAACAAACAUUUAAAAAAAACACUUUUUUAUAAAAUUGUUUUCAUAUUUAGUAUUUUUCCUCAAAAAUGAGUGGAUGAAACCAAAUGACAGAAAAUUGUGAAAAGAAAAUAAAAAGAAAAAAGAUUUAGUUUAUUCCAAUACAGUAUUAAACAAUAAUAAACACAAUUCUGCAAAAACUUGUUAAAAACAACAAGACUCGACACAGACUGUCUCAACACGAUGUUACUUUUGAUUUUUAUAUUUAUUUUUGGUAUUUUUUAUUUAUUAUUCAACCUUUUUUUUAGGUCAAUAAACAUGAAAUCAUUCAUCAGUAAUGAGAAUAAUCUUGUUUUAUGAUCAUUAAAUAAUUUUUUCUGCUACAGAAACAAACAAAAACCUUCAGAAUUGUGAUUGUUUUGAUAAAGAAGCUGCAAUUUCAUAAUCAAGAAAAGUGUUUUCUAUUUUUAUUACAGCAUCGCGUGUAUUUCAAAUAUUAACCAGAAAAUGUUACUUUUCAAGAGUUUACAGUUCAUAUUGUUGUAGUUUGACACGAAAAAAAUAAAGGAUUUAUUUUAGAAAAAGGAAAGAGAAGAAGCUGUUUUGAAUAUUUUGUACAAAUGAAUAAAUUUCUCUAAUUUGUUUCUAUGUUUGGA